GAAACAAUCUGUCAGUUUAAGUACAGAAGCCUGCUAACUGAUCCUUGAUAAGCACUGCAUGGGUUAAGGCGGGACUAUAAGGAGUGACUGUGUACCUGUACCUCCUGAGGGGAGUCCGAAUGACGUCAUUGCGAUGUCAGGAAACUGGGGCUUGUGCAACAUCUGAAGGAGGAGGAGAGGGGUGGGGAGAGAGCAACUAACGCUUUUUGCUAACAUGAAACACAAGUCAUUUAGCUUCGGACCUUGUGCUUGUCGCGCGGCUACUGAGCGCACUUCCCUUGCAGACAAGCGUCCAAUCAUACUCACCAGCAAUUGGAUUAACCCACGCUAUUUUGGAGAAUUUUUUUUGAAGAACUUGCGUGCCAGACCUCCCAUGGCUUGUUUCUCAUCAUCAACUGGUCUAACCUGGGCUUGUUUUGCCAUUAUAUGGCUACUAUUCAGUUUCAGCCAGUCAGCCCAUGCUCAAAGCACAGCAGUCCCAUCUGGAUGUGGGGCAGGCAUAAAUUCCCUAUACUAUUACUUAUGUGACCUCAGUGCUGCCUGGGGCAUUGUCCUGCAAGCAGUAACCAGUGCAGGCAUUGUGUCUACAUUCAUUCUAACAAUUGUUCUGGUAGCCAGCACUCCAUUUAUCCAGAAUAAGAAAAAGAAAAGCCUAUUAGGAACGCAAGUCUUCUUCCUUCUGAGCACCCUUGGCCUUUUCUGUCUUGUUUUCGACAUGGUUGUCAAGAAAGACUUUGCUACUUGUGCAUCAAGAAGAUUUCUUUUUGGGCUGUUGUUUGCCAUCUGCUUCUCCUGCUUGUGGGUGCAUGGAGUCAGCCUCAAUUACCUUGUAAGACGAAACACUCAACCCAGUGGCUGGUGGAUCUUUGGCCUAGCUGUGUGUCUUUCUCUUGUUGAGGCGAUCAUUAAUACAGAGUGGCUUAUCAUUACCAUUGUGAGGACAGCAAAUAACCCUUGCUCAAUUGGCAAUGAUGAUUUUGCAAUGGCCCUUAUAUAUGUUAUGUUCCUUAUCCUUGCAGGAUUUAUAACAGCUUGGCCAGCUCUGUGUGGCCGAUAUGGCCACUGGAGAAAGCAUGCCAUUUUUAUUCUGUUAACAUUAUUCUUAUCCAUUUCUAUCUGGAUUGUCUGGAUUGUCAUGUAUGUCUAUGGCAAUGUGCAAGUUGGAAAACCCCUGUACUGGGAUGACCCCACACUUGCUAUUGCUCUGGUCUCCAAUGGUUGGGCUUUCAUCUUCUUCUACAUCAUCCCUGAGAUCUCCCAGCUGACCAAACCAACCCUGGAGCAGUCAUUUGAGGAAGAGCCAUACCCAAUAAGAGGGGUGGAUUAUGAAACCAUUUUAAAGGAACAGAAUACCCAGAGAAUGUAUGUGGAAAACAAAGCAUUCUCCAUGGAUGAGCCACCUUCUGCCAAGAGGCCAGUUUCCCCGUACAGUGGAUACAAUGGCCAGGCAGGAAAAAGUGCCUAUCAGCCGACAGAAAUGGCCUUGAUGAACAAGACUCUUCCAGAGCUAUCAUACGAUGUUGUCAUUCCGCGGGCCAUCGCUAACCCACCCCCAGCUACCAGCAGUAACUCCACAUUAAGAGCUGAUGAUGCAUAUGCUGCACGGAAAUUCCACAAUGCAAAUCCUACAGCCAAUAACAUGCAGUCGCAAUCUCCUUACAAGCGAUGGUGAGGUUGCAACGCUACAACCACUACUGGGACCCAGGCUGGACCUAUCCCUUCUGUCUGCAAGUACACAAUCCUGAAACAUUUGUUGGAAUCUCUGCAGUCUAUCAUGUGGUUCACAGAUGAAAAAGAAGUGUGUUUUAUAGGAUAAUAUUCUGACGUGUUUUUAUUUAGCAGAUGUGUUUAAGGACUUUUCUUCCUUUAUAGGGUUUUGCCUUAAUUUGUCCAAAAUAAGCAUUUUGUUUUGCCAAAAAUGUGCAUGUAUACUCUUUUCCCUCUUUGAAUACGAUUCACAAACAAAAAGGAGGUUAAACGGUUCCUAUCCCAUUAACUAUAAAGUAUUUAGGUAGUGUCCUGUAGGCAUAAAAGAGUGAUAAAACGUAAUAGGUGUGUAAGUGUAAGCUAGUAAACCCUCUAGAGUCAGUCAACAUGUCCAGGAGAAUGCAUGUAAUUAUGACUGUAGUUUGGGAUACAGUUGCCUUGAAUUCAUAGAGAGCAAUAUGAGGGCUAAAGAAACUGGAGAGGAGAUUAAGUUAUAUAAAUAUUUAUGAUCCAGUUUACUUAUUGUUUCUUUUCCUGUACCAGCCUCAUGCAGAUGUGGGGACAGAUCAUUAUGGCAUCUCCAGUGGUGGGAGUUGUUGCAGUACAUACAGCAACUGCAAGCGGUUUGAUACUUUUUGCACAGCAAUCUUUAGUGGAAAAAGUUGAAAAAAGCAAGCCAAUUCUACUGAGUGCCUUUAAGCAAACUGACAUUAUUGUAUAUAUUUCACUGUUAAGCCAGUCAGCUCACCUAUGCAGAUAUGUACCAUGUAGAAACUCUAUUAUGUUUGUAUAUAUAUUAAUUUACACAAUAUUCUGUAUACGGUUAGAGUGUUAUUUCUACACUAAGAUGUGUGUAAAUUGGUGUGUGUAUGAAUAUGGGGGAUCGAUUUGCCCCACUAGUUCCCUGUGACAUCAAAUCCCUGCACUGGUCUCAAAGAGGAAAAGGGUUUUUAUUCAAAUGCUCUACGAACAUUAAUGACUGCCCUAACUUGAAUGUGUUCUUAUGACUUUCUGUUCAUUGUGUAAAUGAUAUAAAACAUUUAUUUAAUUGAAAAA